CAGAAAUUAUAUGCAUUUAAUAAAACAGCUUUCAGAGAGUUUUCAUUUAAUUUAUUCAAUAUUUUUAGUUGUUUAUAGUUCUUUUUGCACAACCCAGACACAACAGGCUAUUUGGAGGUCAUUGUCAGAUAAGUAGCUUACACAUUUGUUUGUAAAAGUUUUACACAUUUAAAACCUCUUAGCUGUAACGUAAACUGUUAAUGGAUCGUUUAAAGUUGGUACUGCAAUAUUUCCAGUCAAAUUCUGAGUCGAUCUCCAAUGGUAUCUGUAUAAUACUGUCACUGAUAAGCGUCAAGCUAUACACAAGUUUUGAUUUCAACUGCCCCUGUUUACCGCAAUAUAACAAGAUGUAUGCAAUGGGGGUCAUGUUCGUCCCUCCAAUUAUACUGCUUCUUUUGGGAGUGUUAGUCAAUCGACAUACAGGGGUGCUGAUGGAAGAGUGGGUCAGACCUCUUGGCAAGAGGGCAAAAAAUCCAGCGGUAGUAAAAUUUCUGCUGUCAUCAAUGAUGCAACGGGCCCUUCUGGCACCCAUGGUUUGGAUUCUGAUGACACUGCUAGAUGGAAAAUGCUUUAUAUGUGCAUUUAGCAUGAAUGUAGACCCCAAAUAUUUCACAGGAAUACCCAACAGCACCGGCCUGGAACUGGUCAAGAUCAUGGCUAAGGUGCCAUGCAAAGAAGAUGUUAUCUUCAGAAACAGCAGUUUUAGAAAAGCUGUCUCACGCUAUGUGCGUUGUUACUCUCAGGCAAUAGGCUGGUCAAUCCUCCUCUUCUUCAUUUUUUUGGGUGCAGUGGCUCGCGUCAUCAAGCCUUGCUUCAAUCACGCAACUUUUCUCCAGACACGUUACUGGAGCAAUUACUUGGACAUGGAACAGAAACUUUUCGAUGAGACCUGUGUCCUUCAUGCGAGAGAUUUCGCCAGAAAAAGUGUGCUGCAGUUCUUUGAGAACAUGCGAGAGAAUGUGACUGUGAGAAUGCCCGUCUCCAGUGCACCCAGACACAGCACAGUGCAAAAUGAAUUUGGAGAGGAAGAAGAAGAGCGUUUGCAUGGUAUAACCAGACAAGAUCAGGUGGAUCAUUUGCUGCAAACAUGGUACGAAUGCAAACCAGAACUCGACGUGACCAAGAUGGCCUAUAAACCCAAAGUAUGUAUCACUUGGGAAGACCACAGUGGAAGGCCAUUAUUCUCUGAUGUGUGAAACUCAAAUAAAACUGAUCUCAAGGAAUCGUGCAAAG